AGUACAAAACUUUUUCAGUUGCUGCGAUGAACAAGCUUUUCCAAGUCUCAGAAAAACUCGUGAAAAACCUUAAAAAUCCCCAAUUUUCUCAAUCACCCAAGUGUAUUUCAAUAGUGAAAAUCCCCUUGUUGUGAUUUCUGUGCAAUUUACCCCAAAUCGUCUGCAAUCUUCGAAGGAAUUUCAACUGGAAGCUGCCAUCGCCGGAAAGUGAGGUGAAAAAAUCGCCAAAAUCCAAGUUCCAACACGACAAGAACUUCCGCAGUUUCCAGCUACUUUCGCCGCUCCUUGGGGCUUUUUGGAUGUUUGACUGAUCAAGUGAAGUGACAUGAAGUCCCUGUCCAGCAUAGAACCAGUGAUUUUUCUGGUAUUAGUGCAUGUUGCACUGAGUCAGAGAGUAGCUCCCGGAGUCCCACCAGGUCAAUACCAACCCCCGCCACAGCAGGUGCCACAGUAUCAACAGCAAGUGCCUAAUCAGCCGCAGUACCAGCAGCAGCAACAUGCUCCACCACCGCCGCAACAGCAUCAGCAGCCUCCGCCACAGCAACAUCAUCAGCAGGUCCCUCAGCAGCAGCAGCAACAGCAUCAUCAGCAAGUUCCUCAGCAACAACAACAUCCGCCCCAUGGGCACCAUGGUCAGCCUCCGCAGGUCCUCAAUCCCGGCAAUAUCCAAGAAGAGAGAGACCACAUCAAGGAACAUUUAGAUGUUCCGAUUGAUACCAGCAAAAUGACUGAGCAGGAAUUGCAAUUCCAUUACUUCAAGAUGCACGAUUCGGACAAUAACAACAAACUGGACGGAUGCGAAUUGAUCAAAUCACUGAUUCACUGGCACGAGCAAGGAAGUAAAGAACAUCAUGAGGGUCAGCCUCAGAUUGAGGAGAAAUUGUUCUCGGAUGAAGAACUUGUAGCUCUCAUUGAUCCUAUACUCCAGAUGGAUGAUCUCAGUCGAGAUGGUUACAUUGACUAUCCUGAGUUCAUAAAGGCACAGCAGAAGGCAGCUAAACAGCAGAGACCUUAAAGAUUUUCAAAGGUCUCUUCACUGUCUUGGACAGAAAAAAGAAGAAGAAGAAGCGAGAUGGUGGACAAAAGUGUGACGGACCUUCAAAGAAAAAGAGACUGAAUCUCUGUUUCUCUCCACUUAAUUUUUCUUCCGUGAAAUUUUGCUCAGAAUCUCUCUUAUUUUAUGUUGUACAGAGGUUAUUUUUUUGUUUUUAAGUUCUUCCCUCGAAUACUUGAGAAAUUUUUUUUCUUUGUGACAUUCCCCUGAGAGAUUAUAAAGUUUUUUUUUCCAUUGUUA